UCAAUCGCGCCGGCCCACUUUUACGCCCAGCGCGUCCUUCUUUUCCCAAGGCACGCAACUCCACGGUUACGAUAUUUGGGAUUCCAGCCAACACCCAGCACCCGAGCGAUUCACGAAACCCACUCGAUGCGAAGCUCGGAUAGCUAGCAGGACACCGGUCAACUCCCCAAGAGGCGGAUACUUGGUGGCAGCUAUGGCCUUCAGCGGCUUCGCUGGCGCCUCGCCGGCCGCAGGAGCUGCAGCCCAGGCGACGAAUCUCGAGGUCAUCCAGACCGAAAGCCUCGGCUUCCUCACGAUUGCCGGCGACGCAAAGCUUCAGCUGACGCCGAAAUGGACCGACCUUCCCUCCCCGACCGCAUCCCUGAUCAGCAUCGCCCCCAAAAAGGGCCUAAUCGCCGCCGCCGGGCCCGACGCAGUCCACAUCGCAACCACCGAGUCCGUUCGCAAGGGCUUCGAGGCGCCCAAGCCCGAUGAAGAGAACGAAGUCCGCCCGUUUGAGCCCCAGGCAAAGCUCCCGCUGCCCGUACGCAUAUCACAGCUAGCCUUCACGGCCGAUGAGCAGUACCUCGUCAUCUCGGCGGAAACCGGUGGCGGUCUAGCCGUGUACGACGUCCAGUCGCUCUCACAGGGCUCGACCCAGCCGGCCAUGGAGAUAUCGACCAGCGGCGAGACCCUACGCGCCCUUGUGCCCAACCCGAUGCCCGAACUGGCCGAGCUCGUCAUCGCCGUCACCAACAACGGGAACCUGCUGAUCGCCAACCUGAAGACGAGAGGCCUGGUCUCGGGCCCCAACGGGGCCGUGCUUCGUGGCGGUGUCUCCUGCGCCGCCUGGAGCACCAAGGGGAAGCAGCUCGUCGCCGGCCUGGCUGACGGAUCGAUUGCGCAGAUCAAGCCGGAUGGCGCGCACCAGGCCGACAUACCCAAGCCGCCUGCCCUGGGCGAUUUCCAUGUCGCGUCCGUGGUUUGGCUGGAGAACCAUGUGUUCAUGGCGAUCCACAACGCCACAAGCGAUGACAACACUUCGGCCUACCAUGUCAUCACCCGGCAACAAGAGAAGGGCGCAGCGCCAACCUUCACUUUCCAGAAGUUGACGGACCCUGUGGAGCCAUAUACCUUCGACAAGAAGCCUCACCAUACCAUAGCAAGGCUGAAGGAUUUCCCGCCAAACCUGCAAGAUGUCCUCCUGGUCUCCUCCACGUCGAGAGAGGCGAUAGGUCUUCUGACCCGGUCCAAAACCCCGCUGACCAGCGACGUCCCUGCCGAGAAGAUCACCAACGUCUUUACUACUACCGAGUUCGCCGACGACACUAAGCGGGCUCAACUCCCAAUGGGGGAAGACUUUAUGGACACAUUCCCGAUCGGAACGGCUCUCGACUUGUCCAGCAAGGCCAAGGUGUUCAAGCCAAUCCCGACGGACGAGAUCGAGGAGUCGCCUGGCCCGCUACCCGCGCUCUGGGCGCUAAACAACGAGGGCGUCUUGGCCGUCUGGUGGAUCGUCUACAACGACUCCAUUCGCGAGGGCUCGACAUACCCAGGCAUCGCGACCGCCCAGAGUGACGCUCCUCCAGCUGCCACCGUGACGUCUCCAACAAGGCCUGGUGGCUUUGGCUCACCGGCUGCUGCUUCUCCGGCGCCGGGUGGGUUCGGUUCACCCGCGGCUGCGGCGCCAGCGUUUGGAGGCGCCCCGGUACUAGGUGCAAAGGCAUCUCCCUGGGGUGCAUCGUCAACUAGUACCCCCUCGACUGGCACGGCCUUCGGUUCCACCGCCUUCGGAGGCAAUACGUCUGGUGCCUCGGGGUCAACAUUUGGAGCCCCUGCUUUUGGAUCGCCAUCCGCUAUUGGCGGACAAGCGGUAUCCGCUUUUGGUCAGACCUCUUCGUUGGGUGGCUUGGGAGCGGCCAAGGCAUCGCCCUGGGCGACAGGGGCCUCAUCCACUGCUGGGGCGGCGUUCGGCCAACCUGCCUUUGGCAGCGCCGCCGGGUCUGCCGAUGCCAACAAGGUUUUCGGCAGCGCCGCCACAUCAUCGACCCCCGCCUCGGGCGGUUUCUCGGCCUUUGCCAGUGGGGGUGGCUUUGGGGCGCUUGGCGGUGCCAACAGUGGCGGUAGUAUCUUUGCGUCUAGCAAGCCGUCAGGAUCGUUUGCCUCAGCAUCGCAGGAUAUGGCAAUGGAUCAGAACACGUCAUUCCCUCCCCCGGCUGCCAAGGCCGCUGGCGGCAGUGGUGGCGCUCCCUUUGGUUCUAGCCCCUUCGUUCUUGGUACGACCUUCAAGCAGGAUCCCCAGACUGCCCAAGACAACGAGAAACCGUCGACAGGGUCCGGGGGUGGCUCUCUCUUCGGCUCCGGAUUUGGUCUGUCGCUGGGAGACGCAGCCAAGUCACCACCUGCUGCUGCUCCCAGCCCAGAAUCGAAGGAGGUCACCAUGGAGGCGGAGAAACCAGCCCCUGCCGAACAGAAGCCAACCAGCAUUUUCGGCACCCCCGUCGGCGCGCCUGCUCAACAGAAUCCGGUCGGCCUGUUCGGAUCCGCUUCCAACGCGCCCACCGAGCCGAAACCAAGCGGACUCUUCGGGUCGGCUCCUACCACGUCUAGCCUCUUUGGGUCGAACCCGAGCGCCUCCAAGUCGGUUUUUGGCGCGCCGUCGGGAUCAGCGAUAUCGAAUGAGAAACCAAAGACAACCGAAGCGGCGGUACCCCCGGGCGAGGGCGACAAGCCCAGCAACCCUUUCGCGCCCAAGACCUCAGCUCCGCCAGCCCAGAACGACAAACCGAACCCAUUCGCACCCAAGAGCCCAGAACAGAAGGACAAGCCAAACACGUUCGGCCCUGCAUUGGGUUCUUCAGACAUCAAGCCAUCCAUCUUUGGCAACAAGGGCGACACAACUACACCGCCGGCGACGAGACCUGGCCUGUUUGUCGGCGCAGGCCCGUUUGGCGCAUCCACAACGCCCACCACUACCCCAGCACCAUCCAAGCUGUUCGGUGGCGCCUCCUCGGUCGGACUCUUUGGCGGCUCAACCAAGCCAGCUAGUUCGACCAGCAUUUUUGGGGCACCCUCUCAGACCCCCGCAAGGAAGUCGCCAGACAUCAAAGUUGAACCUGAUUCGACAACGCCUCUGCCACCUGAUACCACAAAAACUCGUACCCAACCUAGCCCAGAGCCUACAGCAAUCCCAGAGGAAGCGCCGCUCCCGCCAGACCCCAUCAAGGAGAAGUCCAUAUACAAGCUGGACAACCUUCCUCCCCCGCCGGGCGUCUUGCCUGCAAAGCCUCCUCCGGUCUCGACGUCAUCGCCUAAACUGCCAAAGGAAGAAGACGUAGCCGAAAAGCCUAUCCCUAGCAGUUCCGAUGAUGACGAAGGUGACCUGUCGGAGCUCGACGAGGACGAGGAAGAAUCUGGGGACGACGGCGGCGAAGGCUCGGCCGGUGAGAGCGAAGGUAGUGGCGUCGACGUGGCCAAGGACCUCAGUCCGACGGCAACCACCGGCUUUCCCGGAUUCACCCCUCAGAGCUCCUUUGGCGGCGUUGGGGGUAGUGUGUUUUCACUGACCCCGGCCGCAGACCCACCACCGGGCACCCGUCGGCUGUUUGGUGAUAUCAACCCACCACUAUUCUCUCAACCGCUCACAACAAGUCCACGUUCGCCCAGCCCGGUCCGCGGUGCCGUGCCCCCACGAGUGUUCAGGUCGGAGUCGCGCUCGGUCAGCGCUCCCGGGAUGGCGUCGCAGAUUCUGGGCGCCUCCAGACAGCCCUCAGUUCGCGGCCUUUCCGCCACAGCCAGGUCGACGGCGACGGCACCUCCAAGGCGUGUCACCCCUGACCCCAAUGUCGAAGAGCAGAGAAAGGCACAGGCCAGGAAGGCGGCCGAGGAAUCACAAACCCUAUCAGAUCAAGACGACGAGUGGUUGCAGGAGUAUCUCAACGAGCCUCCCCAACCGACGUUGCACCUCGCUGAAUUUGCUACGAGUGCAGGCAACGUGCCCGAAGCCGGAAGGACGGUGGCUGAGCAAAACGAGGUGCUCUUCCGCGACAUCAACCGAAUGGUGGAUACACUCGGCCUCAAUGCGCGCCAUCUCAAGGAGUACAUCCUUGGGCACAUGGGCAAGCUCAGACAGUAUUCUGACUCGUCGCGAAAGAGCCGGCAUGACUUGGACUUCCCAGAUGAUUGGCUGCUGUGCGACGCCGAAGACGUGGACCAAAUAUUGACCCAGGAGUUACGGGAUGAGCUCGAGGAUGGUCGCGUGAAAGAUCUGGAGAGCACGAUGGAGGCAUGCAAAGAGCUGAGCCGAGGUCUUGCGCGGCUGCGGGUAAAGGAAAUGGAUCUCAAGAAGAAUAUCGCGGCACGUAUGGACCCAGAGCAGACAUCGGCGCUGCGGUCCCUUCCGCUGAGUGCGGAGCAGGCAGCGCAGCAGGCAGAUCUACGGAAGCAGUUUACAGCAUUCUCGAAACUGCUGGUUGAGGCCGAAGAGUCUCUCACGAUGCUGCGCGCUCGGAUGGCCACGGCCGGGGCCGGCCUCGGGACCGGACCGGGCCGGAAGAGCCUGGCCGGCGGCGGUGGGGCUGGAAGCAGCCAUGCGACGGCGGCGCCCACGGUGGAACAGGUCAUGCGCACGGUCAUGAAGAUGACGAGCAUGGUCGAGAAGCGCAGCGGCGACGUGGACGUGCUGGAGAACCAGCUACGCAAGCUCCGGCUCCAGGGAUCUGUCGGCCCCGGCAGCCGGGACAACUCGCCCUUCACGACGCCGCAGAAGCGCAUGUCGCGGACCAUCUUCUCGCCGGGGGCGCUGGGGUCGUCGGUCAUGUCGUACAACGGGAGCCCCGGCACGCUCGGGCCGUCGCCGCGCAAGAAGCUGAGCGGGUAUACGGAGCCGGAGAAGGCGCAGAUCCGGGGCAGGCUGCAGAAGCGCGGCGCGGCGAUCGCGCGGUUGAGGGGCAGCGUCCAGCGGGCGGGGCCGAACGUCUGGCACAUGACCGAUGACGACUGAAGGCCUCGAACAAUAUUUUGGUUUGCAAGGGCCCCUCCCCUAGAAGCGUGGCACGUUGCGUGCAAUGGUACAUUUGGGAUGGUAUGGCUGGGGAAGCGAAACAUGUGUAUUUUUGUUUAAACCCAUCAUGUCGGAGCAACCGCGGAGAAGAUGGCUCUUUUGAUAGCGCAUUAAUCUUUCUCGUAUCCUUUGCUUUCGGUAUCACUACACGAACAACAUAUCAGCGU